AUGGGGAUCGGUAGCCCGCUCGUGACCCUCUCUGCUCUGGCAAGUCUCUCUUGGUUUCCCCAAGUGAGAUGUGAGGAAACCUGUGUGAAUGCUGAACACUGCUCAAGCACUGAUUGGGUCCGUCUCUGGUACAUCUGGCUGGUGAUGGCAAUUGGUGGGCUGCUGCUUGUGUGUGGCCUGGUGUCAGCCUGCAUGAGGUGCUGCUGCCGGCAGGCAGGGGAGGAGUCGGGUUCCCACCCCUAUGAGGUCACAGUCAUCGCCUUUGAUCAUGACAGCACUCUCCAGAGCACUAUCACUUCUCUGCAUUCUGUUUUUGGUCCUGCUGCCAGGAGGAUACUGGCUGUUGCACGUUCCCACAAUGCCGUGCUAGGAUCACCACCACCUUGCGGAUCAGAGACCCCUCCAGUCUAUGAGGAGGCCCUACAUAUGAGCAGGUUCACGGUAGCCCGGACUGGGCAGAGAGUCCCAGACCUGGCCCCAGUGCUAGAGGAAAAGCAACAGGCGUCAGCUGUGAAAGAUGAUUCACAACAAGACCUCCCCUGAUGUGAAUGCACCCAAUUUCUUUUUUUUUACUUGGACAACAAUGCA